AUGGCCAAACUCUUUACCGCUGUAUCAUGCCGAUCUUCCUACUUUAAGGGUCAGGGUAUAGGCACUUCAGCUCAACAUGAAGAGCCCAAUUCAUUCCGCCCCAUCUUAGUUUCUGAGCACUUUGAAGAAAACUUUCGUCCAGCCUCUCAGCUUCCGCAACAUCAACUGUCCCUAUUUAACCAUAUCUCUACUAAGAACUUCUCAAAUAGGCCCAUUUCUGAUAUGAAGAGUUCAAGGACUUCCAGCACUGGUGGGGCCAAUCUAGAACUGCAAGAUUUCAGGCAGAUCGGAUAUCAGAAGAGUCAAAAAGAGUCAUUACGAAGCGGUGAUAAAUUCUUUAGUUCGUCUCAGUCUCGAAAACUACAGAGUUCUUAUCAAGAGCUAAUUCAUAAUUCACUUGUUGAAACGCUUCAGCCAGACAAAUCAGGAUUGGUUAAGGUUCAGGUCGACAGAAUAGCACGUCGUUCCUCUCUUGAUGAUUCGAGCCAAAUUUUACAAACCUAUAGUGGCGAAAGAGAUUUAACUAAAAACCCAAUUCUAGUCAAUAGAAUCGAUGCUUACGACGGAGAAGAAUACUCUGAGGAGGAGGAAGAAGAAUCCGAAGAUGAAGAAUAUAUGGGUUCUAGACAGGAUAGAGGUGUACAUGAAUUCAAGAAAAAUGAAGAAGUUGCGUUUAAUCAAAUUAAAAGGGACCAAGAGUUAAAGUACUUUAAAGAGGCAGGUUACAGAUGCCACGAAGAAGGAGAAGAGGAAGUUGAAGCAGAAGAGUGUAAUGAAAAAGAGUGGGAAGCUGAAGAAGAC